GUUCUGAGUAGUGGGUUGGUUAAUCCAAGAAAGCCUCUCUAGCCUAGUCUAGUCUCUAAGCAUGGCUUUAAGUAUGGCUCAAUGCACUCCCCUUGGACCCCUAUCUAUCCUUCUCUUUCCCCUGAGCUUCAUGGCCAGAAUGGCAAGCUCUCUGCUCUCCCUCUCCUUCACCAUUUUCCUUAUCUCUUUCUCCUCUCUCUCCCUCCGAACGCUUGCUUUAUCCUCAGAUACAGAUUCAUUUGUGUUUGGAGGCUGCACCCAGCAGAAAUACACACCCCACUUCACCUGCCCAGAUCCAAACCUCGAUUCCCUUCUCCACUCUCUCCUCCUUAACUCUGCCACUUACUCCUCCUACAACAACUACACCAUCAUGGGCUCAAGUCCACAGGACGUCGUGUACGGGCUUUACCAGUGUCGAGGAGACCUGUCGAUGCCGGACUGCGCCACCUGCGUUGCCCGCGCAGUGAGUCAAACCGGUUCCAUAUGCCCAACCACAUGUGCGACAGCGGUGCAGCUCCAAGGCUGCUUCGUCAAGUACGAUAACGCCACGUUCCUGGGAGUUGAGGAAGAAACUGGUGCUCAAAAGUGCGGGCCGUCGGUGGAGUACGAGAAGGAGGCGGAGAUUGUGGGGCGCAGAGACGCAGUGAUGGCUGGACUGAUGAGCACUGGUGGACCAUUCAGGGUGGGUGGGUCAGGGGAAGUCCAGGGUUUGCGCCAAUGUGUAGGGGACCUCAGCGUCGGAGAAUGCCAGGAUUGUUUGUCAGAUGCAAUCGGACGGCUGAAAAGCGAAUGCGGAGCCGCUGCUUACGGUGACAUGUUCUUAGGCAAGUGCUAUGCUAGGUUCUCCACUGCCGGUGCUGGGGUUCACUCCUAUGCUAAACCCCACAAUGAUAAAUCUAGCAACGACGGUGAGAAGACAUUCGCAAUUAUCAUUGGAUUAUUGGCUGGGAUCGCUCUUCUCAUCAUAUUUCUUGCUUUCCUAAGAAAAGUGUUGGACAGAAAUGGUAAAUAACAUAUCCAACUUUAUCAGAAGGUGAUGGCAUGGAUCUCAAGGCUCAUGGCCAUUUUGCUUUUGGUCGAUUCAUUUGCUUCCCUUUUUCCUCCAUGAUAUUCCACUUUCUUCUACCUUUGCGCCUUCUUUUUGUUGGGUUUUUCUCUACUUUAUUCCUAUAAACUUAUUGAAUUAUUACUCUCCAAAAGGAGAGCGAAGGAAAGAUGGCAAGACGUGGGAUGGGGGGGCAUGCACUCAAUACAAAGUUUAAAAGGGACCGAGAAAAGAGGCCAAGAUUCCACUUAAACAAAGUUGGGUUGUCUUAAUGUGAGAAAAGAAAUGGCAUUUUAUAUUCUUUUUGUAAA